AAUGUUUGUCGGUGCAGGUCUCUGCUACAUUUAACAGAUGGAUUUUUCGAGCGGCUACAAAUAAAAGUUACGUUCGUAAUUGGAAGAUAAAAAACUCAGAGCCACGACCUUCUCUCCCCGUUACGACGACAACGGUUCUCCUUCGAUAUAUUUCCCCCUUUUUAUAUUUGUUUCCUUCUUCAUCACACCAUUACUACUCUCACACACAAAAAUAAUAAUAAAAAAAUACAACAAACAUUUGUACGUACAACAACAAAUAAAUACGAAUAAAGUGAAUGCUGCUGAUAUCAGUGUCAAAUUUAAUAUCAACAACAACAAAAACUACUAAACAGCAACUAUAAUAACAAAAUUUGUGAAGAAAAAUAUAUUUUCAAUUUCAUUAAAGAAAAACAAGUGAACAAAUUCAAUCGUUAUUAACAAUUGUGUAUUAAUAUUUAAUUAAUUACAACAAGUUAAAAGAAAAUCGUAAAAAAUGCUGAUUAAAGAAUUCCGAGUCACCUUGCCAUUAACUGUUGAUGAGUAUCAAGUUGCACAACUUUAUUCAGUGGCUGAAGCUUCGAAGAAUGAAACUGGUGGUGGUGAAGGUAUUGAAGUAUUAAAAAAUGAACCCUUUACCAAUCAUCCUUUGUUGGGUGGCAAAUAUAGUUCCGGUCAGUAUACAUAUAAAAUUUAUCAUUUGGCUUCAAAAGUUCCAGCAUUUAUAAGACUAUUGGCACCCAAGGGCUCCUUAGAAAUUCACGAAGAGGCAUGGAAUGCUUAUCCAUAUUGUAAAACAGUUAUUACGAAUCCUAAAUUUAUGAAAGAUGGUUUUAAAGUAAUCAUAGAUUCUCUGCAUUUACCUGGUAUUGGAGAUUCUGAAAAUGUACAUGAACUGCCUCCAGAGAAAUUGAAAUUACGUGAAGUCGUUCAUAUUGAUAUUGCCAAUGAUCCCGUUACACCUGCGGAUUAUAAAGUUGAUGAGGAUCCCACAAAAUUCACCUCAGAAAAGACCGGUCGUGGUCCUUUAGUUGGUGCCGAUUGGAAGAAAAAGAUUGAUCCCGUUAUGACUUGCUAUAAAUUAGUCACUUGUGAGUUCAAAUGGUUUGGUCUUCAGUCCAGAAUAGAAAAUUUCAUACAAAAAUCAGAACGAAGAUUAUUUACAAACUUCCAUCGCCAAGUAUUCUGUUGGAUGGAUCGCUGGCACGGUCUGACAAUGGAAGAUAUUCGUGCUAUCGAGGAUAAGGUCAAGGAGGAACUUGACAAACAGCGUCAAGAGGGUGAAGUGCGUGGCACUAAGGCCGAUAGUGAUUAGGAACAAUAUUUUUAAAUAAUUGAUAUAAACUCUUUAAAAAGCAGAAACAAAACAAAAAACAUAUAUUUCAAAAUAAAAACAAACAUAAAGAAAAAGUAUAAAACAAUUUAAAGUAAAAUGCUACAAAAAGAAAUUUUAAGAAAAAAAAAAAACCAUAAAGUCGUAUUAAUAAAGAAAAUAUUAUUAAAAAAAAACAAAAUUAAAACAAUAGCAAUAAAAUUACACAAAUACAAAAAAAAAUGAAACAAAAAUAUAUAUAAAUGGCACUAUAUUCCUUCCUUAACAACCUUAAAAAAAAUUAAAGAAACAAAUUUAAGAAAAAAAAAAAAAAAAUACAAAUAGUUUUUGUAAAACAUUAACAACAACAACAUUUACUACUAUCACUACCAACAAUUACUGUUAUUAUAUUAUGUAAUAUCUACAACUAUUUACAAUGUAAUACUUAAUGCUAAAAUGCCUGGCUCUCUCUCACUUUCACUCUCUCUCUCUUUCUUAUAAACUUUUCAUUAAUUUGGUUGUUUGGUUUCGUUGAUUUAAGUUUUUAAAUUUAAUUUCCUUUUUAAAGCUUUUAGUUCCUUUUAUUUCUGCUGUUAAGGAAACACCAAUUUAAAAAUAAUAAUUAUUAAAAUUCAAGCAAUAGUUUAAGUUAAAAAUUACUAAAUACUUAAAGAACCCACAGUUACACAAACACCUAAUAACACUUAGUAUAAAAAACAGUUAGUAAAUAAAACAAAACUAUAUAUAAAGGA